AGUAACUGUUCAAAACUAUCAACAGUGAGAGUCAGUACCAGUCACGAUCAGUUGAAUCGGUAACCAUAUUUAUCUUUCUUUAUUUUAAACAUAUUUAUGUGACAGUGAUGUCUCGAAAGACCAAGACAGAGGAAUAUUACCGCUUCUUCACUGUGACAGAUCCACGCACACACGAGAAAGGACACACAGAAUAUAAAGUGACAGCAAGGUUUGUGUCCAAGACACAGCCAGAGAAUAUUAAAGAGGUGGUGGUGUGGAAGAGGUACUCGGAGCUGAAGAAGUUACACGGAGAGCUGGCGUACACUCAUAGAAACCUGUUCAGACGGCAAGAGGAGUUUCCCCCUUUUCCACGAGCGCAGGUUUUUGGGCGUUUUGAUGAGGCAGUGAUUGAAGAGAGGAGAAAAGCAGCCGAGGCCGUGCUGCUCUUCACUACAAACAUUCCUGCACUAUACAACAGUCCUCAACUCAAAGAUUUCUUCAGGGGAGGAGAGGUAAGGAAACCAUUAGACACAUCCACCAUUUCCAAUUAUCUGCCCCCUCCUCUUAUUCCCCUACCUGAGAGGGACACUGGGGUGUUGGCUGAGGAGGAGACAGGAAGAGAGGCUCCUAUCCAGGCCCAAGAACUGGAGUUCAACCAGAGGCUGACAGAUCUAACCACACCUGAGGAGGCAGUUGAGGCCCUCAGUGACACAGAUAGCUGCUCAACACAAGAGACACAAAGAGAAACAGAAAAACAGGGGCAGAAAACAACAGAGGAAGGGAAGGAGAUUAAAGCACAUCAGAAUAACGGCACAAACCAAUCGCCUGCUGGUACCGACACUAUAACAUAUGGUUUGCUAGAUAUUCCAGGCUCUCCACUUGACCAAUCAGAGGAGUUUGAUUUGCUAUUUGAUUCUGGAUUGGAGGAACAUGCAGACAAGACUCCGCCUCUACUCUCAGAUACAGACCUAGCUAUUUUCGACCCAUGUGCGAAAGAAGAACAGCCAUAUGGAUCACCCAGCCAUGCUGAACUUCUGUCAGUCCCUCUGACCAACCCAAACAGUUCUGAACCUGGUGGAGAUGCAAGCUAUGUGUCCCAGGCCAACGAAGAGCUGAAUGCUGCCCAGGAGCGAGAGAGAGAGGCCGAUUACAGUGUGGCAGUACAACGAUACAGAACAGCAGUUGAUAUACUUAUGAAAGGAGUGCAAGGAGAUGCGGAUUUGAAGAGGAGGGAUGCAGUGAAGAGGAAGAUUGCUGAGGUCCUGGAGCAAGCAGAGAGACUUCUCUCCAUACAGACUCCCACUCUCAACCACAAUACAUAGAGAAACAAUUGAAGCACGCACACACACACUAGCUAAAACUUCAUCAAACCUCGGAUACCCAAGCACACUCCCACGUACACACUCUCAUGCACUCUCAUUUUCUCUCUCUCUCACACACACAUACACUCAUAUUCAAAUAAUUCUGCCACACUUUCACUCUUAAGUGUUACUCGGCAGCCACCCACACAGUCAACAUACACAUGCAUACACACACACACACACACAUCGACUCCCACAAAUCCUGCUUACCCAAAUAGUUACACUUGUAGCACCAUCCAUGCGGGAUGUGCCCAAUUCUUUCUGAACAGCACUGCACACCCUGCACUGUAAGACCCCGUCAAGGGAUUUUUACUUGCUUUUACACUAUUUUACCUUAAAAUCAAUGAUGACACUUUCUGAUCAGCCUUAAGAACUUAAAACGUCUUCUGCUGAGAUUUUUUUCUCCUUAGAUUGAUUGUAUUUUGUUUUAUCCAACGGUUGAGCUGUUGUGUAAAUGAAGAUGUUGUGUAAAUUACUGUUGUUUUAAUGAAGACAUUGCCUUUCCAAUGGAAUCUGACUGUUUUGUAAAUUAUAAGCCUAUUGUUAUUAAGAUCAGCAUGCAGUGGCAUUCGAAACCCAUUUUGCUUCCAUAUGUUGACCUACUUCCAGGGUUGGACUCAAACGGAAUACAUGUAAUGACGUUACGUAUUCAGAAUACAAAAAUGAAGUAACUGUAUUCAGGUCCUGUUAUGUUUUCAAGCACCUUUAUUCAGAGUACAGUUACUUUAUACAAUUUUGUUAGAAUACAUUUAGAAUACUUCUCUCAUAAUCACCACAAAAUAAGGCAUAAAGAAAAAAAUUAUUGUCAAUCAAGUGAGAAACUUGAUUGUUUUUCUGAACAGCACAGAUGCGCACUGCACAUUUGUCUUACUCUCUUCCCCAGAGCAUGCGAGCAGUGUUGCCAGGGUUUCAUGCCAAAUUGGAACAAUUUGAAAACACAAUCGCUGGUUACAUUUAUAGCAUUGUGGGUUGUGGUUUUUGUGAUACUUAAAAAUGGACUGCGGUCACCAAAACAUUUGAUAGUAGACACUUAAGAAUGAAAAAACAACAUCUUAUUCAUGUAUAAUGGUUCCAGGAUUGAAUAUCUGGCAACCGCACCAAAAUGUUGUUGUCUUAAUCAGUGCACAGCUUAGUCAGCUGUGUACCAGAAUCAGUACAGACACAUUUUUUCACAAAUAUUACAUUCCAGCACAUGAUACAUUGUUUUUGAUGAUUGUUAUUUCUGUGUAAAUGUAUUUAUUUAACAUAUAGUAUGAAGUUAUUCACAAAAAAAUCUAAAAUAGACUAUUCAGUUCAAAGUACUAAAAGAAUUAAAAGCACCCAAAAAAUAAAAAUGUCAUCAGAUUAAAUAGGCCUAAAUAUGGAAGCAAGCCUAGUUAAAAUCAUUCAUAUACAAAACUGUUGUCACAGGACCUUACUAUGUUGCACGUUUAAUUUCUAAAAGUGGCAUCCAGUUAUCCUGAAAACAUGGCUGAUUUGCAUUUCGUAUCCAAUUUUGUGUCAGUGUAUUAAUCUUUGUCAGUCCAAUCAAAUUAUGGGUUAAGAAGAAGAUUAAGAAUUAAAAAUGCCAUUCAGAACAUUCACAAACAACCUUGCUUGGUAGCUACACUGUCACAGCUAAGGGAUUUUGGGUCUUGGAGGUACAGGCAGCAUUUUUCUUGUUGGAAAAUGGACGAGAUAUUGUAGUUGACAGCAAGCUGCCUUCUGUUUGCCUUCUGCCUUCCAUAAAGAAAAACAUCAGCGCCCAACUCCACAUCUAAUUUAAAGAAAUCUAGGUAGUGCUAAGUUCAUGAAAUUUGCUGACAAAUAGCUAGCUGGCUGUUUAGACUCACUUAUAUAUUAAUAGUUUAGAUGUAGCAGUUCAGAUAAGAUAAUAAUGACAUAUAAUUCUUCCAGUUGAGCCUUGCCUUUAUAAAUAUGUAUUCUAAAAGUAUUUUUGUAUUCUGAAUACGUUGCUUUUUUAUAUGAUGUAUCGGAAGUAUGUAUUUAAGUAUUCUGCCAAACCCUGCCUAUUUCAGAGUGAAACAGUAUAUUCAAUAAGAAAAAAUUUUGAUUUUGUCCAACGGGAAUUUGUUGUAUUGUGAAAAGUGGGAGUUCCAAACCAGAAUGGAGACCUGAAUGCAAUUUUACAGUGGAGUGCGGAGGACUAAUAAUGUAUAUGUAUAUUCCCAUAACCUAUAGUUACAUUAACUGGUAAGUCACCACGAAAUCAGACGUGAUCCAAUUUACUUGACUUUCCAUUUUGAAAGACAGCAUGAGUAGGAAAAAUAGUCUUACAUGCUUUAACCACUCCCCUCCAACCACCUGUCUGCUCCUGACUUUCCUUUUUGGCCCUCUUAUUUCUCCAAACCAUCUGGAUGUAAUGACCACUUUUUACAAUCCAAUCAACUCCUGAUACAUAAAGUCCUGCCCUUUUUUUUUUUCACUGAAUAUGUGGUUUCGCUCGGAAAUACAGUCGUGCUCAAAAGUUUGCAUACCCUAGCAGAAAUUGUGAAAUUUUGGCAUUGAUUUUUAAAAUAUGACUGAUCAUGCAAAUCUUUUAUUUAAGGAUAGUGAUCAUAUGAAGCCAUUUAUCAUCACAUAGUUGUUUGGCUUCUUUUUAAAUCAUAAUGAUAACAGAAAUCACCCAUAUGGCCCUGAUCAAAAGUUUACAUACCCUUGAAUGUUUGGCCUUGUUACAGACACACAAGGUGACACACACAGGUUUAAAUGGCAUUUAAAGGUUAAUUUCCCACACCUGUGGCAUUUUAAAUUGGAAUUAGUGUCUGUGUAUAAAUAGUCAAUGAGUUUGUUAGCUCUCACAUGGAUGCACUGAGCAGGCUAGAUACUGAGCCAUGGGGAGCAGAAAAGAACUGUCAAAAGAACUUUAUAAAGAUGGAAAAGGAUAUAAAAAGAUAUCCAAAGCCUUGAAAAUGCCAGUCAGUACUGUUUAAUCACUUAUUAAGAAGUGGAAAAUUUGGGAGUCUCUUGAUACCAAGCCAAGGUCAGGUAGACCAAGAAUGAUUUCAGCCACAACUGCCAGAGGAAUUGUUCGGGAUACAAAGAAAAACCCACAGGUAACCUCAGGAGAAAUACAGGCUGCUCUGGAAAAAGAUGGUGUGGUUGUUUCAAGGAGCAAAAUAUGACGAUUCUUGAACAAAAAUGAGCUGCGUGGUCGAGUUGCCAGAAAGAAGCCUUUACUGCGCCAAUGCCACAAAAAAGCCCGGUUACAAUAUGUCUGACAACACCUUGACAUGCCUCACAGCUUCUGGCACACUGUAAUUUGGAGUGAUGAGACCAAAAUAGAGCUUUAUGGUCACAACCAUAAGCACUAUGUUUGGAGAGGAGUCAACAAGGCCUAUAGUGAAAAGAAUACCAUACCCACUGUGAAGCAUGGUGGUGGCUCACUGAUGUUUUGGGGGUGUGUGAGCUCUAAAGGCACGGGGAAUCUUGUGAAAAUUGAUGGCAAGAUGAAUGCAGCAUGUUAUCAGGAAAUACUGGCAGACAAUUUGCAUUCUUCUGCACGAAAGCUGUGGAUGGGACGCUCUUGGACUUUCCAGCAUGACAAUGACCCUAAGCACAAGGCCAAGUUGACCUUCCAGUGGUUACAGCAGAAAAAGGCGAAGGUUCUGGAGUGGCCAUCACAGUCUCCUGACCUUAAUAUCAUCGAGCCACUCUGGGGAGAUCUCAAACGUGCGGUUCAUGCAAGACGACCAAAGAUUUUGCAUGACCUGGAGGCUUUUUGCCAAGAUGAAUGGGCAGUUAUACCACCUGCAAGAAUUUGGGAUCUCAUAGACAACUAUAACAAAAGACUGCACGCUGUUAUUGAUGCUAAAGGGGGCAAUAAACUUAGGGGCAAUAAACAGUAUUAGAAAUAAAGGUAUGCAGACUUUUAAACAGGGGUAAUUUCAUUUUUUUCUUUAUUGCCAUGUUUUGUUUUAUGAUUGUGCCAUUCUGAUAUAACCUACAGUUGAAUAUGAAUCCCAUAAGAAAUAAAAGAAAUGUGUUUUGCCUGCUCACUCAUGUUUUCUUUAAAAAUGGUACAUAUAUUACCAAUUCUCCAAGGGUAUGCAAAUGUUUGAGCACAACUGUAUGUUGGAAGUAAUUGAAAAAUAUAUUGGAAAUGUCUUGCAAACACUGUUUUACAUUUAUUUUAAGUUACUGUGUUAAUUAUUGGCAAGAUUUGAAAAAUGUUGCAUUACCCUCAAUAGAGCGCAACAGUGCCCGCCAACUUCUUCAGCCUUUCGGGUUCUUUUCCCAUUUAUUUUUUCCAUAAUCCUUUUUGUAUGAAGGAUUUUCAAAAAAUUGUGUGUUUGUAGGGGGGCAACUGCAUUAUACCUUGAUUGUCCUCUGUACAAGAAUAAAACAACAUUAGUUAUUUUAAAAUUUGCUAGUCUUGCGUAGCCAGACCUUUGAUUAAAACAGCAAAGGUUAGGGCACAGACUGUGGGUGGUCUGUGGGCUGAGACUAAAUAUUUGCUAACAUAAUACUAUAUUUUGAUGACAACCAAACAAAAUUUAGUAGAAAAUUAUGAUGAAAAAUAAACAAAAAGGCAAUACAACUUAAUUCUGAGUUAAGCCAUCUUGCCAUGUUGUUCUAGAAUGACAAAUACGGUAAAAUGAUUGAGUAAAAUCAAUGAAUUAUCAAGAUUUUGGGUUCGAAUUCUUGCCAUAUAAGGGACGUGUACAGGUCUUGUAUAUAGUCACAAUUUCUUUUAAAAUUGUCUCCAUUUGUAAACAUAUUUUAAACUUCACUAGUUCAUUUUAAAUGGUCUUUCAGUGUAACAAAUUAAUUUAUAACAGUAAAAAUAGUAUUCCAGUAUCUCAAUUAUUAUGGGUUCAUAAAAGUUUAUGUAUUAUAAUGAUACAAAAAUUUGAAAAUGUUUAAAAUGUUUUAGAUAGAGUAUUGCAUGCAAAUGACUCACCACAGGAUAUGACAAUUUCCCAAAAGUACUUUGUGUCAGAAAAAGUGUACUGAUCAUAUCAUUGUUCAGCAAAGCAUAAAAUUAAUGACGUUCAAUGUUUGGCAAAAAUACCUCAGAAUAUUAACAUUAUUCUAUACCCUUGAGUUGUUUCAUAAAUGAAAACCCGACAAGCGUAAAUAUACAAACAUAUUUCUUCUAUUUUAAAACAAUGGAACGCUUGUCAAGAUAAGAUCGAACUUAAGUUGGGCUCAGAAGUGUUCAGUCGGGCAGGAUAAUAACAUGGGUAAUUGUUCUAUUACAGUGAUUUUAAGUUGCAUUUUUCCCCCCUUAUUUAGUUUCCCAAACCAGCACGUAGAAUGCAUAUUAAAUAGAGCUGAAACAGGAGCUGUUAUGUCCAACUAACGCUUAAAAUUCAGACCUCAUAAUUAGCACAUUAAGGUUAAAGAAUGUAUAACUAUACUAUACGGCCAUAAACAUAUGUGCUCAAAAAAGUCGACGCUUGUUGUAGCCUGAAAAUGCACUUUCCUGAAAACUAUUCCUUUAAUAUAGAACAUGCAAGUCAUUUAAAUGAACAGUUUAAUGCCAGCAAUGUUUUAGUGACUUUUUAGAUGGUCCCUUACUCA